AUGAGUGCCAAGGAUGUGAGCAAGUCUACUACAGCUGCGGCUGAUGAGGACACGCCGGGUUGGGCAAAGUGUCUGAUCGCUAAUUUUAACAAAAAUCAGCUAGACUUGAACGCAAAAUUGGAAGAAAUCAACACGAGCGUUCAUUCCAUAUCUAAAGAAUUCAAAGAAAUGAACGAUUGGGUUACGGCCGCGGAGAAGCGCAUAAGUGACCUGGAAGACAGUCGCAACGAGGAGAAUUGCACAGUGCAAACGCUGCUUAAACAAGUGUCAACACUUGCUGUUAGAGUGGAUAUGCUGGAGGCGCGCAGCAGAAUGAACAACAUCAGAAUAAUUGGCCUUAAAGAAGGCAUGGAGGUGGACAAUCUGAUGGGAUUACUGGAUCGGUUGUUCCGAUACAUUCUGGACCUAGAGGAGAGCGAUACAACUCCCGAGGUGGAAAGGGCUCACAGAGCUCUACGUCCGCGACCGAACCCAGAGGACCCCCCGCGCAUGGUUGUAGUGCGCCUGCUGAGAUGGAGAGACAAACUAAAACUGCUGAUGGCUGCUAAGAAGAAGGGAUCACUCUCCUGGGACGGUCAGCCCUUCUACUGUAUAUUCGCCAGGAUCUGA